GUUCCGACGAAGAGCUGGCUUUUAAGCAAAAGGAGAAGGACAUUGCACAGUAUGCCCGCAAAGUCCACAAGCUUUUUGCGCACAUGGACGACAGCGGGGAUGGCGCAAUUAACUUUGAGGAAUUCUCGAAACUCGUCACCUCACCAAAGCUCAAGUUCUGGAUGAGUCAACUGGAGUUGGAGUAUCACGACCUGCUCAGCCUCUUUGAGUUUCUCGACAAUGGUGAUGGCUCGAUCACGCUACAAGAAUUCAUAGAAG